ACCCAUCUAAACAGUGGGGCCCCUGAGCACUUCUGGAAUCCAAGCUCCUGUCACAGAGGGAGGGACACAGCAGGCAGCAGACACCAUGGAAUCCCCCUCAGUCCCUGCCCACAGAGGGCACGUCCCCUGGCAGGGGCUCCUGCUGGCCAUCUCACUGUUAACCUUCUGGAGCCCGCCCAGCACUGCCCGACUCACUGUUGCAUCAGUCAAUGCUGCUGAAGGGAAGGGUGCGCUUCUCCUUGUCCUCAACCUGCCUGAGAAUCCUGCAGGUUAUUCCUGGUUCAGAGGGGAAAGUGUGGAUAGCAGCCGUGGAAUUGGAGCAUUUUUAAUAGAGACUCAAAAAUUUACCCCUGGGCCUGCACACAGCGGUCGAGAGACAAUAUACCCCAAUGGAUCCCUGCUGUUCCAAAAGGUCGCCCUGAACGACACAGGACACUACACCAUAGUUGUCACAAAAAAGGAUUUUCUGACUGAAAAAGCAACUGGCCAGCUCACUGUAUAUCCACUGUUACCCAAACCCAGCAUCACAAGCAACAACUCCAACCCCAAGGACUACAAGGCCUCUGUCCUGUUAAUGUGUGAACCUGAGACUCAGGAUACAACCUACCUGUGGCUGGUCAACAGUCAGAGCCUCCAGGACAGCGCCAGGUUGGAGCUGUCCAAGGACAACAGGACUCUCACUUUGAUCCGUGUCAUGAAGACUGACAAAGGACCCUAUGAGUGUGAAACCCGGAACCCAGUGAGUGCUGGCCGCAGUGACCCCUUCACCCUGAAUGUUCUCUAUGGCCCAGAUGCCCCCUCCAUUUCCCCCUCAGACUCCCAUUACCCACCAGGGGAAAACCUCAACCUCUCCUGACAUGCAGCCUCUAACCCACCUGCACAGUAUUCUUGGCUUAUCAAUGGGAGGCCCAAGCAACCCACACAGGAGCUCUUUAUCCCCAGCAUCACUGCAAGUGACAGUGGAUCCUACACCUGCAUUGCCCAUAACUCUGUCACUGGCCUCAAUAGGACCACAGUCAGGACCAUCACAGUGUCUGCGGAGUUACCCAAACCCAGCAUCACAAGCAACAACUCCAACCCCA